UAACGUGAACGUCGGGUGGAGGAGUCUGAUUGAAGCCGCCGAGAGGAGAAACUACAGCAGGAGGAAAGACAAGCCCGAGUCGCACAAUUUCUUCCUGAGCAUUCCCUUUAAAAUGGCGUACCACAGUCCGUACAGAGCUCCCCCUCACAUCAACGCUCCUCCGGACCAGGGCUUCCUGUGGAAUAUCUUCCAGAGGGUGGACAAGGACCGGAGUGGAGUGAUAUCAGACUCAGAGCUUCAGCAGGCCUUAUCAAAUGGCACAUGGACUCCUUUUAACCCAGUGACAGUCCGCUCCAUCAUAUCCAUGUUUGACAGGGAAAACAAAGGCGGUGUGAACUUCAAUGAGUUCGCUGGUGUGUGGAAAUACAUCACAGACUGGCAGAACAUCUUCAGGACCUACGACAGGGACAACUCCGGCUUCAUCGAUAAGAAUGAGCUGAAACAGGCGCUGACAGGAUUCGGUGAGCAGCAAAGCUAUCGUCUGUCAGACCAGUUCUACGGCACUCUGAUAGACAAGUUUGACCGCCAGAGGAAGGGACAGGUGGCCUUUGAUGACUUCAUCCAAUGCUGUAUUGUACUACAGAGGUUGACUGACGUUUUCAGGCGGUACGAUACAGACCAGGAUGGCUGGAUCCAGGUUUCAUAUGAACAAUAUCUUUCCAUGGUCUUCAAUAUAGUAUAACACACACGGAUCACCACAGAAGAGCACAACUGGACAGAACUGUGCCAAAGCUACCGGCACCUCCCGGAUGUCUGCCAUGGUGGACACUACAAGAUUUUUUAAAAAACUAAUUGUUUCGCCCUAGUUGGACUGUUUCACAUAAAUUUAUAAAAUUAAUACUAGAAAACUCGAAUGCUUGGAAAAAAAAA